UAUUGUCUGCACUGUGCUGGAAAAUGCGGAGCAAAGUCAACUUGUGUUAAUAACCCUCACCACAACAAUGAUCCCUGCUCCAGACCAGCUGACUGUUGACUCAGUGGACACCACAUCAGCUGCUGUUAGCUGGAGCCAGCCACCAGGUUUCGACCAGACCCAACAUCAUUACCAGAUCUCCUACCACUGUUCAGGGACAGAACCACACAUCACUACCACAAAUUUACCCAGCAUCACUCUGCCUGACCUGCAAUGUGGUACUCAGUACUCUGUCACUGUUUGCACUGUGCUGGAAAAUGGAAAGCAAAGUCCACUGAUGUCUCAUACCCUCAUCACAGUUAUCCCUGCUCCAGACCAGCUGACUGUUAACUCAGUGGACACCACAUCAGCUGCUGUUAGCUGGAGCCAGCCACCAGGAUUGGACCAAACCCAACAUCAUUACCAGAUCUCCUACCACUGUCCAGGGACAGAACCACACAUCACUACCACGUCUUCACCCAGCAUCACUCUCUCUGACCUGCAAGGUGGUACUCAGUACUCUGUCACUGUCUGCACUGUGCUGGAAAAUGGAAAGCAAAGUGAACUGGAGUCAACAACCCUCACCACAAUACUUCCUGCUCCAGACCAGCUGACUGUUGACUCAGUGGACACCACAUCAGCUGCUGUUAGCUGGAACCAGCCACCAGGAUUGGACCAAACCCAACAUCAUUACCAGAUCUCCUACCACUGUCCAGGGACAGAACCACACAUUACUACCACGUCUUCCCACAGCUUCACUCUCUCUGACCUGCAAUGUGGUACUCAGUACUCUGUCACUGUCUGCACUGUGCUGGACAAUGAAAAGCAAAGUCAACUGGUGUCAACAACCUUCACCACAAUUAUCCCUGCUCCAGACCAGCUGACUGUUAACUCAGUGGACACCACAUCAGCUUCUGUUAGCUGGAACCAGCCACUAGGAUUGGACCAAACCCAACAUUACCAGAUCUCCCACCACUGUCCAGGGACAGAACCACACAUCACUACCACAACUUCACACAGCUUUACUCCAUGUGACCUGCAAUGUGAUACUCAGUACUCUGUCACUGUCUGCACUGUGCUGGAAAAUGGAAAGAAAAGUCAACUGGUGUCAACAACCCUCACCACAGUACUUCCUGCUCCAGACCAGCUGACUGUUGACUCAGUGGACACCACAUUAGCUGCUGUCAGCUGGAACCAGCCACCAGGAUUGGACCAAACCCAACAUCAUUACCAGAUCUCCUACCACUGUCCAGGGACAGAACCACACAUCACUACCACAUCUUCACACAGCAUCACUCUCUCUGACCUGCAAGGUGGUACUCAGUACUCUGUCACUGUCUGCACUGUGCUGGAAAAUGGAAAGAGAAGUCAACUGGUGUCAACAACCCUCACCACAGUUAUCCCUGCUCCAGACCAGCUGACUGUUGACUCAGUGGACACCACAUCAGCUGGUGUCAGCUGGAGCCAUCCACCAGGAUUGGACCAAACCCAACAUCAUUACAAGAUGUUCUAUCACUCUCCGGGGACAGAACCACACAUUACUACCACAUCUUCACCCAGCAUCACUCUCUCUGACCUGCAAGGUGGUACUCAGUACUCCGUCACUGUCUGCACUGUGCUGGAAAAUGGAAAGCAAAGUCAACUGGUGUCAACAACCCUCACCACAGUACUUCCUUCUCCAGACCAGCUGACUGUUGACUCAGUGGACACCACAUCAGCUGCUGUUAGCUGGAGCCAGCCACCAGGAUUGGACCAAACCCAACACCAUUACCAGAUCUCCUACCACUGUCUAGGGACAGAACCACACAUCACUACCACGUCUUCACACAGCAUCACUCUCUCUGACCUGCAAGGUGGUCCUCAGUACUCUGUCACUGUCUGCACUGUGCUGGAAAAUGGAAAGCAAAGUGAACUGGUGUCAAAAACCCUGACCACAGUUAUCCCUGCUCCAGACCAGCUUACUGUUGACUCAGUGGACACCACAUCAGCUGCUGUUAGCUGGAGACAGCCUCCAGGAUUGGACCAAACCCAACAUCAUUACCUGAUAUCCUACAACUGUCCAGGGACAGAACCACAAAUCUCUACUACGUCUUCCCACAGCAUCACUCUCUCUGACCUGCAAGGUGGCACUCAGUACUCUGUCACUGUCUGCACUGUGCUGGAAAAUGGAAAGAAAAGUAAAUUAGUAUCAACAACCCUCACCACAAAUUCCACGCGUUCAAUGUUCAGGAUUAAGUGGCCUUUCAGCAUUACAGGCAGAAAGUCAGUGCUUCCUGCUCCAGACCAGCUGACUGUUGACUUAGUGGACACCACAUCAGCUGCUGUUAGCUGGAUCCAGCCACCAGGAUUGGACCAAUCCCAACAUCAUUACCAGAUCUCCUACCAGUGUCCAGGGACAGAACCACACAUCACUACCACAUCUUCACACAGCUUUACUCUCUCUGACCUGCAAGGUGGUACUCAGUACUCUGUCACUGUCUGCACUGUGCUGGAAAAUGGAAAGCAAAGUCAACUAGUGUCAACAACCCUCACCACAAUACUUCCUGCUCCAGACCAGCUGACUGUUAACUCAGUGGACACCACAUCAGCUGCUGUUAGCUGGAGCCAGCCACCAGGAUUGGACCAAACCCAACAUCAUUACCAGAUCUCCUACCACUGUCCAGGGACAGAACCACACAUCACUACCACAUCUUCCCACAGCAUCACUCUCUCUGACCUGCAAGGUGGUACUCAGUACUCUGUCACUGUCUGCACUGUGCUGGAAAAUGGAAAGCAAAGUGAACUGGUGUCAAGAACCCUGACCACAGUACUUCCUGUUCCAGACCAGCUGACUGUUGACUGGGUAAGCAUCACAUCAGCUGCUGUUAGCUGGAACCAGCCACCAGGAUUGGACCAAACCCAACAUCAUUACCAGAUCUCCUAUCGCUGUCCAGGGACAGAACCACACAUCACUACCACAUCUUCACACAGCAUCACUCUCUCUGACCUUCAACGUGAUACUGAAUACUCAGUAACUGUCUGCACUAUGCUGGAAAAUGGAAAGCAAAGUCAACUGGUGUCAACAACCCUCACCACAGUACUUCCUGCUCCAGACCAGCUGACUGUUGACUGGGUAAGCAUCACAUCAGCUGCUGUUAGCUGGAACCAGCCACCAGGAUUGGACCAAACCCAACAUCAUUACCAGAUCUCCUACCAGUGUCCAGGGACAGAACCACACAUCACUACCACAUCUUCACACAGCAUCACUCUCUCUGACCUGCAACGUGAUACUGAAUACUCAGUAACUGUCUGCACUAUGCUGGAAAAUGGAAAGCAAAGUCAACUGGUGUCAACAACCUUCACCACAGUACUUCCUGCCCCAGACCAGCUGACUGUUGACUCAGUGGACACCACAUCAGCUGCUGUUAGCUGGAACCCGCCACCAGGAUUGGACCAAUCCCAACAUCAUUACCAGAUCUCCUACCACUGUCCAGGGACAGAACCACACAUCACUACCACAUCUUCACACAGCAUCACUCUCUCUGACCUGCAAGGUGGUACUCAGUACUCUGUCACUGUCUGCACUGUGCUGGAAAAUGGAAAGAAAAGUCAACUGGUGUCAACAACCCUCACCACAGUACUUCCUGCUCCAGACCAGCUGACUGUUGACUCAGUGGACACCACAUCAGCUGCUGUUAGCUGGAACCAGCCACCAGGAUUGGACCAAACCCAACAACAUUACCAGAUCUCCUACCACUGUCCAGGGACAGAACCAUACAUCACUACCACGUCUUCACACAGCAUCACUCUCUCUGACCUGCAAGGUGGUACUCAGUACUCUGUCACUGUCUGCACUGUGCUGGAAAAUGGAAAGCAAAGUCAACCUGUGUCAACAACCUUCACCACAAUACUUCCUGUUCCUGACCAGCUGACUGUUGACUCAGUGGGCACCACAUCAGCUGCUGUUAGCUGGAGCCAGCCACCAGGAUUGGACCAAACCCAACACCAUUACCAGAUCUCCUACCAGUGUCCAGGGACAGAACCACACAUCACUACCACAUCUUCACCCAGCAUCACUCUCUCUGACCUGCAAGGUGGUACUCAGUACUCUGUCACUGUCUGCACUGUGCUGGAAAAUGGAAAGCAAAGUCAACUGGUGUCAACAACCGUCACCACAAAACCCAGUCUCAAGGAGCUGUUGUCAAAGACUGGACUAGAAGAUCGUUAUGAAAACAAGCUGAUGUUAAGUACUGUCCUUGAGAUAAAUGCUGAAACUACAUCAGAUGAACCUCUUACCACAAUGCAGUCACUUCCAGGGGCCUUCCUUAAGAAAUUAAUGAUGGCAAAUGUAAAUGCUAGGAGUGUGACACUAAAACGUGACAUUUCUGAGAGUGACUCUGAUAACAGUAAUGCAAUCAAUCCACUGGACCUGAUUACAGCCCUGUUUCUGUGUUCAGAUGGUUUCCUGCAGCAGGAGAUGGUCCAGAAAAUGUCCAUGUGUCAGUUUGCUGUUCCUCUUCUGCUGCCCAACUGUGACACAGAACAAAGCACUUUGAUGCUGUGGGCCUUGAGGGACAUAGUGAAGAAGUUUAGACUCUCUUCCCAAGUAGACACAAAGUCCUUCAUAGAGGAGAGAGUUGUUGUCUCUGAUAUUCCUAUGGUGUCCUUUGUUAGGCUAGGAGAAAGCAACUUGUCCAAGUCUAAUAUGUUGAACAAACUGCUAAGUAAUCCUGACACAUUUGUCCAUGGUGAUAUGGACUGUGGUGAUGUACCUCGGAAGAUCUCAGAUGGUCUAGUUGAAAUCAGCUGGUACCUCCCAUGUGGGAAAAGAAACAUAGACAGGUUCACCAAGCCUGUGGCUUUUGCCAAUCUGAGAGGAGACAUCAGGUCCUUUAAAACACAGUUUUCCUUUCUGUGUCAAACAUCAGCAGCAAUUUACGUGUUUAGUGAUGAAUUAGAGGCUGAUUCUGAGGUUUUGAAAGACAUUAACACAGAGUUAUUUGUGGUUGUUAACUCUCAGAGAAAAACCUUCACAGGAGACAAAGUAACACAUGUAAUAGAAAAGAAGGGGAGGAACGAAGCAGCAUUUAUAAAAACCCUGCAGUCAUCUGUGGGUCUUGUAAUUGAAAAAUGCCAAAACAAAUUGACAAUUGAAAAAAUGGAUGGUAUUGCUCGUCAGAGUGGGAUUCUGGUUGAUGAAGACCGUAAUGAGUGUCAGAGUGCCAGGAAGAUGGCACAUGAAAUCACCAGUAGCAUAAAAGACACAGUACAAUUCAAAGACAAACAACUACCCUUACAAGGGCAAGUCUGGAAAGAGAUUUCCCAGUUGGAGAAAGAGAGGUGUAGACUGAGAAAAGCAGGUGGUCAAGACAUUGAACACUACAAGAGCUCUCUGAAUAUAAAGGAAAUAGAACUGAGAAAAAAGCAACAAAGCUUUGAUAUGACAGAGGCAAUGACACAUUUUAUAAUCAGCAUGUCAGGUUCAGAAGUGGAGCGAUCCUAUUUUCUCAAAUGGAUGAGGAUAUUUUUGGACAAUCUGUCACGGCAGAAUCUGUCUAGUUUACGAGAAAAGUAUAAAAUACUUCAGGAUAAAGAAUCUGAAGAUAAAAAAUGCAUUGCAGAUUUGGAUAGGCAUAUAUCUGACUGUUCCCUUGGACUUGAACACUUCCUGCGUGAGUUGGGCCAGUUAUAUGAAGCUGCCUGCUCCCUCCCUGAAAGUAGCCUACAAAGGAAACAGAUGGAGCAGCUCCCUGGAUUGUGUGCUCAGAUGCUGUUGGAUGGUUUCCCCAUUGAGCUUGUGGAUGGAGAUGCAUCAAAUAUCCCUCUAAAAUGGAUAUCAGCUGUUCUGACUCAUCUUCAUACUCUUGUAGACUCUAACAGCAAGAUCCGGGUUGUCACAGUUUUAGGGGUCCAAAGCACAGGGAAGUCCACUCUCCUCAACACCAUGUUUGGGGUCCAGUUUGCUGUCAGCAGUGGAAGAUGCACUAGAGGAGCCUUCAUGCUACUGAUUAAAGUCAACAAAGAACUCAAGGAGGAGCUGAAAUGUGACUUCAUCAUGGUCAUUGACACAGAGGGGUUGAAAUCACCAGAGUUGGCUCAACUAGAUGAUAGCUAUAGACACGACAAUGAACUGGCCACACUGGUGAUAGGACUCAGUGAUGUCACAAUUAUCAACAUGGCCAUGGAGAACUCCACAGAGAUGAAAGACAUUCUACAGAUUGUUGUUCAUGCUUUUAUCAGGAUGAAGGAAGUGGGGAAGAAGCCGAUAUGUCAUUUUGUGCACCAGAAUGUGUCAGACAUGUCUGCUCAUGACAACAACAUGAGGGACAGAAAUAAGUUGUUGGAACAGUUGAAUGAAAUGACCCAGGCAGCAGCCAGAAUGGAGAAGAAGGAGAAUAUCACUAAGUUCACUGACGUUAUGAAGUAUGAUCCAGACACAAGCAGCUGCUACAUCCCAGGACUCUGGAAUGGGACUCCACCUAUGGCUCCAGUCAAUGCAGGCUACAGUGAGGCUGUGUAUGACUUCAAAAAGAGCUUGAUGAAAGAUUUUAGAAAAUGUCCAAAAAAUGAUUUGACACUUUUCAUGAAGUGGACACAAAGCUUGUGGGAGUCUGUUAAAUUUGAGAACUUCAUCUUCAGUUUCAAAAACAGCUUGGUUGCAGAUGCAUAUUCCAAAUUGUGCUCUGAGUACAAUGGUUGGGAAUGGGCCUUCCAGAAAGAGAUGUACAACUGGAUGAUUGGUGCUGAAACCAAAAUCUCCAAUAUUGGCAUGACAGUUCUUAAUCCCCAGAUCACCGUAAGAGAUGUGCUAAAUAACUUGAUGAGAGAAGCAUCCAAGAAGCUUGCAGAGGGAGAAAAGGAAAUCCAAGACAAUCUAGUAAAAUACUUUAAAAAGCAAGAUGGUCAUGUCAAUCUGGUGGAAAAAUACAGGGAAGGCUUUGUGAUCAGUGCUAAAAAACUGAGAGAAGCGACAGAAAACACAGUGAGUAACACUCUACAUGGAGCUGUUGAAAUCAAAGAGGGAAUGGCCAAACUAGAUGACAUCAAGUGUUCACAAGCAAAAACACUAGAACAAAAAGUGCUGGCUUUGCUGAAAACCUGUAGACAGAACAAAUCUGUUCUAUCUAAUGAGGGCCUCAGAAAAGAGUUUGAAAGUAUGUGGAAGAAAACUCUGUCUGAGAUCACAUUCAAAGGACUACCAAGAGGAGAUGUUGCUCAGGAUGCCUUCAAAAUUUUACAAGACCAUUUAUCUUCGAGGCCGGGUUAUGUCAAUAAUAUGUUGUUUGUACACAACUUAGUUGAUUGUGGGGAGAGACCAUUUGUUGUAGAGCCAGGGGAUUGGUGGCAGAAGACUAAAGACUUUGUGAUGCCCUGGAAUAGAGAUCCCAGGAAGAUACUACAAGAGUUGUGUAGUGACAUCAUAACACAGUGUCAGGAGUUUAUAAACCAGAAGGUGAAAAGCAAAACAGAUUACCAUGCCACUUACAUCAAAGAGCUGCUUGAAAUAAUUGAUCAAAAAUCGCAACAAAACAAGACAUUUAGAGUUGGUGAGGAAUGUGAGGUUAAGCUGAAGCUGCACAUCUGUGGCAGAGCAGCGAGAACAUUUCAGAAGAAACAUGAUGAUUUCAUUGCAGUCAACGAUCCCCGAAAAUGUCUGGAACAGUCUAAGAACAAGUACCUUACUGACUUCAUAGACUUAUAUCAUAACGUAGACCAAUGCUUUAAGAAAGCUGGGGAGUUCUCAAAGCUCUUACGGCCAGCUGUAAAGGACUAUGUGACCAAAAUGAUUGGUCCUGAUGCGGUUGAUGACAUAAAGACAGGUGAAGGGUCAGAGGAUUACAGCACACGGAUGCGCUUCCAGUUCACCAUUUUAGAACAGCUCCUGUUGGAUGGAAAAUAUGAUAAUUACACAGAAUACAUAAAACAUUAUGAAAGGUUUGUGAAGCACUGGCUGUUUAACCAAAUUGUCCAAAAACUCUCAAAGGACAACACUCUGGAGAAGUUGGAGAAGAAACAUCUUUCAGAGAUAGUCAAGAUAAUCACAAAGGCAAUUUCAAACAUCAGAAAUACAACUAGCACUGUAAAAGAUAUCAAGACGUUCAUUCAGAACAUGUGCUGUGCCCUUGGAAAGACGCUUGUCUUUCCCAAGGAUGGUCUGGAUUUGAUCAUGACUCUGAACUACUCUGAAAAUACAGAACAGUUUGCUGACUACCUAAUAAAUUCUGUGGGAGAAAUGGAGCAGUCACUGGUAGCUGAGUACGAUAAGGGAGGAGACAUUGAAGAGAGACUCAGAUCUCUGCCAUUCAAGCCUCAGGACAAGAUGUUCACCAGUCUGUUUGGCUGUGGGGAGGUAUGUCCUUUCUGCGGUGCACCCUGUGAAGCAGGAGGUAAGGAGCAUACCAAACACUUCACCUCCAUUCAUCGUCCACAAGGUGUCAGUGGUUGUAGGAACACAGACACAAAGGUGUUAGUGACUGAUAUAUGUUCCUCUGAUGUAAUUAGUGAGAACAAAUUCAGGACCUCCCUGACAGAAGGCAAAUUUCACCCCUACAAGGACUACCAGACAUAUUACCCUGACUGGAUCAUAGCUGGAGAUUCCAGUAUUGAGGCUUCAGACUACUGGAAGUAUGUGAUGGCCACAUUCAAUGAGACAAUUGCUAAAGACACAGAUGCACUUCCUGCUGAUCUCCCAGGGGACUGGAAGUCAUUAACACCUGAUGAUGCAAUGAAGAGCUUGAAGGGCUCAUUCAACAUGAAAGAUUAGUUUCUAGUUUUCGACAUUCAACGAUUUAAAGAUGUCAGACAUGAGAACCAGAAAUAACCCAUGACAUUGAUAUAUCACAGAAUCAAACAUGAGGAAAUAAUGUGCAGAAUGGGCAAUACCCAAUGCAAUUCUGAAAAGAAGAACUGCAGCAUGGCAGUCAUAUUUUCAAAUACAUUGAUAAAUUAUGUGAACUCUUGGCAAUUUACAGAUCUGAUGUUCCAUAACGAAACAGCUAAAACUGAGUUUUAUGGGAAAUUAAUACAAUAUUAUAAUCAAUACAAAAUUCAAAUCAUGAUGUAAGCAAAGAGAUUUGAGCAAAUUCAGAAAUCAGACAAAAUAUAAGAAGUGAACAUGAACACCAGCAGGUUAACCAACAUGAUUGAGAGCUGACUUAAUAAUGUCCAUAAAUAAACACAGUACACAGGUAACUAAUGAUUAUUUAUUUUCAAUAAGAAUAAUGAUUUCUCUCAUUUACUUUACUGUCUAACCUAUGGCUUGAUAUGAUUUAGUUACAGAUUAUGAAGAGAUUGCAUCAUUUAGUGAUAAAUGGUUGACUUGGAUUUUGUUUCUCUUUUUUGACCUUUUACUUUUUAAUCUUAAUGUCAUUUUUUUAUUUAGAGAAUAUGCAUGUGUUGUUUCAUAUACAGGUUUUACACAUUUAUUGGUCUUUCAAAUAAUUAACUUCAACAAGAAAUAUUACUAAAUAGAUUUAAACGAUAAUGCUUUGAAUUGAUCACACCUUCAAACAGUGAUUUGUUCAAUGACUUCAUUGCUUUGAACACAUUAGUUUGGAUAAAGUUAAUAAAAAUCAGUUUGGAUAAAAUUCCUAAUCAGUGACCAUUGGUAAUGUAACUUCAUUAAAACUCUUCAUGGAUGCUUGAUGUACAGUAUGGUUUGAAAUAGGGAGGCAGGUAGCCUAGUGGUUCGAGCAUUGGGCCAAUAACCGAAAGGUUGCAAGAUUGAAUCCCCGAGCUGACAAGAUACAAAUCUGUCGUUCUGCCCCUGAACAGGCAGUUAACCCACUGUUCCUAGACCAGUUAACCCACUGUUCCUAGGCCGUCAUUGAAAAUAAGAAUUUGUUCUUAACUGACUUGCCAAGUUAAAUGAAAAAAAUACUGCACUGUGAUUGUUGUUUUGGAUAUUGCUGAUGACUGUUUGCAUUUAUUAUGAUGAUGAUAUUUGAUGGUGAUUUAUAAAUCUGUCCGUUGAUGAAGAUUAAAUGGUUGAUGAUGAUGAUUUUUAUUUUUGUUGUCGUUGAUGACGAUGAUGUUUUAUUUUUGUUGUUGUUGAUGAUAAUUUAACGAUGAUGUGGGAUUGAACUCUUGAGAGCCUGCAGUAAAUGGCUUUCAUUUGGCCAAACUACCAUGAUGAAGACAAAAAAAGUUGAGUUGUAUCAAACAAAUAUUGAUAUUGUUUAUGAUCUCUUACAAAUGUUGUUUUUCAUCUGCAGUGAAAACACACAUACAUUUAGUGAAAUAAUGUAUAUUGUUGAACUUGAAAGUAAAAAAAAAAGUUCCAUUUUGUAAUAUCUUGUUACUGGAGGAUAAUUAAUAAAAACCAAUCAAUUAAAAGCAUUAUUUGGUUUAAAACAUUAUCUGGUGUCAUGAGAAAUACUGUCCAUCAAUAGAACACCAGUAUUUCUUGUUGACUUGGAAUCUGCUGUUGACAGUAUUACUCAGCUAUUAGACAAACAUAAGGUACACAAUGUACAUAUUUAGGUGCUGUAUGUAUCAAGCAUCUCAGAGCAGAAGUGCUGAUCUAGGAUCAGGUCCUCCCUGUCCAUGUAUUAUUAAAUAUUAUCUAAAACAUGUUA